GGCCAGGUGUUCGACGAAAACACCAACGCAUCCACACCUCGACGCGAGGAAUGCCGCUUCUUUGAAGCUGCUCACUAUGCCGCCUGACACGGUAGCCCGACCAUGGAUCAUUGGGGCGACCCGUGGGCCGACAAUGCCGACGACAAGUCGCCGACAAAGAAUGCGGUAACGUCACCGCUGCCGCCAGCGUUCAACUUCGCGCCAGUACCGAUAAACGACUUCGUGGACGAUGCAGGAUGGGGGAACAACGAUGACGAUGGGUUCGGCGAUUGGGCAGCGAGCGAUACAAGGAACGGGGCUGCGGAUAUUGGCAGUUCGGAGACACGAGCUGCAGAUGAAGCGCCGGGCAGUGCUGGCUGGGACGCCGUAACGUAUGGGCAGAGUGAGGACUGGCCUGAGAUCGUGUCGCCUAUGCCAAGGGUGCUUGACAAGGUGGACUCGGAAACGAGCGAUUCUUCGACAGUCGCUCAGCUUGAGGAAGCUGCCAGCCAGAUCGCAGAUGAAGAUGAGAUUGAAGACGAACAUGAGUUUGAAGACGAACAUGAGACUGGGGACUCUACUCCAACACCACAAGCCGAGGCCGAGGCUUCUGUGCGGUCUUCUACAUCGCCGUCUGAAACGAGUCGCAACGAACUGGCUGUCGAUUCGCCACGCACAUCGGUCGAGGAUGAGCGAGCAGUGCAGAAUGACGAUCUGCCUCAAGAGGCAUCGCUCGUUGGUACAAAGUCGAGUGAUGCUCCUACCGAUACAGGUCUCGAUGCCCUGUCGGUAAAGGAGGACACAUUUCCGAACGAUAUAGAGGCGAUUGACGGAGCAGAGCCAGCAGCAUCUAUUACAGAUUCCCCUAGGCGCGCCUCCCUGGAGUCGUCAGUCAGAUCCGGAGAAACAGAGGGAGACGACAGACGAGAUUCGACGAUCGCUAGCGCAACGGAUCAAGAGACACUACAAUCGCACGCUCCAUCAAUAGGGCUCAGCUGCAACAAAGCUCUCCUGGACCAGUUAUUCCCUUUGAGCACAGAAGCAAUCAAGCAACUAGAGGAACACGAUGAUCCGAUCUUCGCUACUUCUGCCCGGAAAGCCUGGUACAGGCUGACUCGCAAGCAAACGAUGCGUGAGUACAACCACGGCGAGAACGACGAUAAUUAUGUCCGCGUUACGUGGGGGAAUUCGAAUGUGCGAACCGAGGUCAACAAGGUGGUCAGCCGGUGGGCACGCGAAGAUCGCAUCUCGGGCACGGGUCCAGGUGCAAGAGCUUCGUUUUACUGGGACACGACAGCACCUGUAGAGGCAAAGCCGCCUUUUGGUCAUAUGCGUACGCGAUCCUCUGUGCCUGCAACAAAAACAGCUCUUCCUGCAAGACAAAGCCUACCGCCUUUGGCGACGAGUCAAUCUGCUGCGUUUAACUGGAGCUCGCCAGUAUCUGUAGAUCCAUGGAAGAUUGAGAGCCCGGUGCAACGGUCGACUUCCAGCCCCUUGGCCCUAAAGAACCCUACUGUGGCUAAGCUGCAGCGGCAGGAAGGUCGCGCGGUAUCUGUAGAUCUGGCGCCACGCAGGUCGGACCAGACGACGCCCAAACAAACAGCAACGGUGUCGCAUCCGUCGCCUGAAACAAAGGCUGUAGCAAACCUGAUCCCACAUCCUACGACACAGCUAUCUGAUGAAGUAUCGGAGACUUGGGCGAACUUAGACACUAGUGAUAACCCAUCGACUUCCACGAUUGACGUCGCUGACACCCAUGUUGACGACGAUGAUGACUGGGGUGAGAUGGUACAGACGCCUACGUUGCCAACCCCACAGCAACUCGAUCCAUUUUCACAGCCCUCACCAGCCAGCGAUACUCUUCCAUCACCAGCGUUGCGCAAACCGAGCCCGCCCGUAGUCACGCCGGUUCAAUCGGAGUCGAUCGAAGCAAUGUUUGCCUCUCCGAUCGUACGAUUACAGAGCACUAUCUCGCCAACAUCAGCUCUGUUCAAGGCUAAUACCUUUAUUCCGCUGCAUGCUGAGCAGGGUCCCAUCGGCCCUGGUCUCUUGAAACCAGCUAAUCGGGCUUCACGUUCGACACCAGAGAAAAAGACUGAGAUCAACAUAUCUACAGCAUCAAAUGCGAAAAGCGAUCCUGCGGCCGUCCAAACCGCAAGCGCGGACGAGAACGAGAUUCUGUCCUUCUUAGAUGCUUCGGGCUCCAUGCCUUCACCGCCUGGGUUCGAGGACGUCACAGUUGCACCUUCGAAGGCUGCGAAUCUUACGCCAAUCGCACAGCCCACUGCACCUGUUCAAGCAUCCACAGACUCAUGGGCGGAUGCCGACUUCUCCUUCUUCGAGUCUGCACUGCCUACUACAGCACCACAGCAGCCCUCGUAUCCUCAGGGCCCGUCUGAUCCAUUCUCUUUCUUCGAUGCUCCAGCGCCGACAUCGCAACGUCCUUCAUCGCAGUCAGUGUCCCGAUCACCUCCUCGCGACACUACGCCACCGCCUUUACAGCCUUUGACCAAUGCCACCGGCUCUCUGCAGCGACGAAAGGCGGAGGAGGACCAAGUAAUUAAUGACAUCCUGAGCGGACUGCCGGAUCUCAGCUACAUGUUGCGGUGAAUGUACCAUGUACCAUGUACCAUUAAGCAACCAAAAAAGCACUUGCAUUUUGCACAGCAUCAAGAACGCAGAAUGUCCACACCACAUGCGACGAUAUAGGCGC